UUCAUCGUUCUCUGGCGGCUUAACAACUUUUCAAAAGACAACAGCUUCAACACCAAGCACCAAAGCUUCUCACAGACAAAUUAUAAGACAGCAAACAAAACACGUUCUUCACAAACUGGUUUCCUCCAAAAAUGGAUAGUGAAAUAGCUAGAAAAGUCACGGCGAUGAUUGAUCACCGGCGGUUAAACCGCUCCGGAUCAUCACUAUUCACAGCCUUUGCUGCCUCAGUAAUAGCUCUGAUAGUUUUCACGGUCGUCAUCGUCUCUAACUUAUCGGUGAGAGAUAUCUCGGAGGUGGUGAAGAUAGAGAUCAAGACCGUUGUUCCUUACUUACCUCUGAGAUCAGAGAGAGAGCUAAGCGCUGGCAAGAACAACUACACGAUCAAGCAGAUUACCACAGUUAAAGAGAAUAACAAUCUCGAGAUUCUCGAGACUUUUGGAGGCAAAGGCGUGUCGGAGAAGUUUCAGCAAAGAGCAACAGAGUUUUUGAGAGAUGAUUGUGAAGUCAGUUUCAUGAUGACGUGGAUCUCCCCUGUUGAUAAGUUCGGUAAGAGAGAUGUUUUGUCUGUGGAAAGCGUGUUUAAAUCACAUCCUCGUGGUUGUUUAAUCAUUUUAUCAUCGACGAUGGAUUCUCCACAAGGGUUUAGAGUCUUGAAACCGUUUCUUGAUCGCGGUUACAGAGUUACUGCGGUAACUCCUGAUUUACCUUUCUUGCUCAAGGACACAGCGGGAGAGUCGUGGCUUGAGGAGAUUAAGACAGGGAAGAGAGAUCCCGGGAAGAUCUCUUUAGCUCAGAACCUCUCAAACCUCAUGAGACUCGCGUACUUGUUCAAGUUCGGGGGCGUUUAUUUGGACACCGACAUGAUAGUGCUGAAAAGUUUUAAGCCUCUGAGGAACGUGAUCGGUGCGCAGACUCUCGAACCGGUUUCGAGAAACUGGACGAGGCUGAACAACGCGGUUUUGGUCUUCGACAAGAACCAUCCUCUCUUGAGGAAAUGUAUCGAAGAGUUUGCGUUGACUUUCAACGGGAACGUUUGGGGUCAUAACGGACCGUAUCUUGUUUCUAGAGUUGCACGAGCUGUUGAAGGAACGGUUGGUUAUAACUUCACUGUCAUGACGCCUCCUGCGUUUUAUUCGGUUAAUUGGAUUGAGAUUGGGAAGCUCUUCAAGGUUCCGAGAACCGAGAAGGAUAGGAAGAGAGUGGAAGUCAAGGUUCUUGAGAUGCAGAGGAGAAGCUACGGGUUGCAUUUGUGGAAUAAGUUUAGUAGUAAAUUUGAAAUUGAGAAAGGUAGUGCCAUGGAUAAAAUCGUUUCGGAUCAUUGUGUGAUCUGUGAGAAAGUCUCUGUAUCAUAAUACUUUGUAAGUUUAUUACCAUUGUAGAAUAGCUUUUAGACUGUAAUUAACAAUGAAAACCUUAUUGAU